AUGCAAGCAGUAAUUCAAACCGGACCUGGAACGCUCCAGCUGACUGAGAACGUACCCAAGCCAUCAGUAGAGCCAGGAUCGAGAAAAGUCUUGGUGAAGGUACAUGCUGUAGCUCUCAAUCAUAGUGACUGGAAAAUGGUUGAUUUCUCGGCCAAACCUGGAGCUAUCAGCGGAUACGACAUGGCUGGUGUUCUGGAAGCUAUCGACGAUUCCAUGAACUCGGAUCUAGUUGCUGGAGAUCGAGUACUAGGCGUCACGAGCAUUCACGGAGGCGCAUUUGCGGAGUACGUCGUUACAGACGGAGACCUGCUAGUCAAAAUCCCCGAAAACAUGGAUUUUCAACAUGCAGCAAGCUACGGUGUGGGAAUAGUCACAACUGGUUUGGCAUUAUACGGAAACGAGUGUUUGGCAUUGAAUUGGCCAAAUACAGAUGGGACAAGCAGUGCAGCGCCUCAGAAAACUCGCGUCGGACCCCGAGGGUGGAGUGGUGGAGACGCGCUCACAGAUAACGAUAACGAAACACCGCGCAUUCCGGUACUUGUCUACGGGGCGUCAACUUCCACCGGGACUUUGGCUAUUCAAUUAUUACAACUGUCUGGGUAUGAACCGAUUGCUGUAUGUUCGCCUCAUAAUUUCGGACUUGUACAAUCGAGAGGAGCAUCGAAAUGCUUUGAUUAUCAUUCGCAGGGAUGCGGGGCUAUGAUUAAACAGUAUACCCAUAAUAGAUUGGAAUACGCACUUGAUUGUAUUACCACGGCAUCUUCAAUGCGUCUUUGCUACGAGGCGAUAGGUGCUACUGGUGGAAAGUACGUAUCGUUAGAUCCAUUCAAUGCAAGGGUACAACGGUCACGUGCGGAUGUCAAACCAUUUUUUUGCUACGCGCUAACAAUAUUUGGUUUACCUAUUGAACUCAGUGGAGAAUUUGCUCGAGAUGCAAAACCUGAAGAUAGGAAGCUGGCGGAAAAAUUUGUAAAAAUUGCUGAAAAGUUGAUCGAGAAGGGAAGGUUGAAGGCCCAUCCUACGAUGCUAAAAUCGGGGGGCUUGGGUGGAAUUGCGGGUUCAAUAGAUCUCUUGAGGAAAGGAAAAGUAUCUGGGAGCAAAUUAGUGUUUGAUGUUGUUGGUAAUUGA